AUGGAGGAACAACUCAUCCAAGCCGUGGAGAUCGCCUCCAAUCCGCUCGCCAAUGCCGGUCCUGAUGUCACCUCUCAGGCGCUCCAAUUCCUCGAACAUCUCAAAACCAUCACACACGAGAGUUGGAGCGUUGGCUGGUCCGUUUGGUCAGCACGAAAUCCGCAGGACAAUGGCCCCAAAUACAGCCAGAAUGCCCGCAUGUUUGGCCUCAUGCUCGUCGAUGACUUUCUCGCCAAUCGUAUCAGCCUCUCCACCGACCCUGCCGCCGCCGUCGCCACCCUUCAACAGUCGGCUGUAGAGUACAUUCAGAACGAGUAUGUUGCCGGAUCCGGAGAUGCCUCUGUAGCCUACAUCAAGAACAAGUUCGCCCAAGUCCUCGCUGUCUUGCUCCUUCAGACCUACAACCUUCCACCACCAUACACCCUCCUUCCCACGCUUCUUUCCAUGAUUCGUGCCCACCCCGCCGCAUCUCCGUCCCAGCAGUCCACCUUGCAGCUCCCAAUCAACCCUCUCACCACCGACCUUGUCCUGCGCGUACUCCAUGACCUCUCCGUCACUCUCGGCUCCGACGUUACCUUGAGAGCCGUUCGAUCCAAAGAGCGUCUGCAGCGCGAUGCCGUCAUCAGGGACGAAAUUCGUGCCAACCAUGCGUCCAACAUUGCCGAUUCCGUCUGGCGUAUCGUGGAAGAGGGUUUCAACCGUGUCAACCAGGGCGAGCAUGCUAGCAAUCCCAAUUCAGCAUCCGGCGUCCGCAGCAUGAAUUUCACAAACGCUGUCGACCUCACCGCCGCCGCCACCAAAAUCGUCGAAGAUUACGUCUCGUGGAUCGACAUCAACCUUGUCGUUACCAACCAGACCGUGCCCUUGCUUUUCAACGUCUUGCAUCAUCCUAUCCCCAAGAUCCGUACAGCCGCUGCAGAUGCCCUGCACGGCAUUGUCAGCAAAGGCAUGAAGCCAGCCGACAAGCUCUCCCUCGCUCAGGCACUCAACCUGCCCCAAGUCAUCACUCCCCUCGAGUCACGAACACGCACUGGUCCAUCCGCCCAGAACGGUCAAAGCGACACCAGCGACUCCAACAUCGAAUUUCGAGAACACCUGGCUCACUUGACAAACGGACUCGUGCUCGAAAUGUGCAAGAUCCUCGAGGAGAGUGCUGCCGAAGAGUCGACCAGAGCAGCAGCAGAAGAUCUGCUCAACUCACUUUUGCCGCUCGUGCUUGCUUUCCUCUCGGACGAGUACGAUGAUGCUUCGGAACAGACCUUCUCGGGCGUCAACAUGAUUCUUUCCAUCUACAAAAAAGCACGUCGACGAGGCGCAGAGCUCACAGGAGCACGAGCCGAGUUCCUUUCCAACCUCAUCGGUGUUGCGCUCCAGAAGAUGAGAUUCGACGACGAGGCCGAAUGGCCUGCGGGCAGCUUCGGAGCUGCCGAGGACGACGACGACGACGACGACGAGGAAGAUGCCAAGUUUCUGGAAAUGCGAAGGAGUCUCCAGACCAUCGUCGGCGCAAUUGCAGCCAUCGACGACAAGCUCUUUUCGACCAGCGUGGCGCAGCUGGUGCUGUCCACGUUUGCCUCGUUCGAAACCAGCUCUUCUGAUUCGGAUGGGCAAAUCUCUUGGCAGCAGAUCGAACUUGCACUCUACGUGAUCCACUUUUACGGCGAUGUCAUGACCACCGCAACCGCUGCACCCAAAGUGGGACUCUCUCCCGCCAUGUUUGUACAGAGCCCCGAGGCCGGUUCCAAGGGACGCGCUCCCAAGCUCGGCAAUGAGGCGCUUGCAGGUCUGCCGCUCAGCAACCUGGGUGAAAUGGUGCAGAAGCUUGUACAGUCCAACGUGUCGUCGUUCCCACAUCCCGCGGUACAACUGCAGUUCUUUGAGUGCUUAGUGCGCUACUCAAACUUCUUUGCUGCUCGAAGCGGCUGCGUUUUGGACGCAUUGCCCGCUUUCCUCGACUGGCGUGGUGUACACCACGAAAAGCUCGGGGUAUGCAAGCGCGUCAAUUACCUGCUGUACCGCUUUGUGCGUGAUUUGCGAGCUGUCGCUGCUGUUCCGAUGGACUACGUCGAACGGCUCUUGCAAGGCUUGCAAGAUUUGCUGGUGGUACGAGCCGAGCUGCCGCAAGUGGACGCAGAUGAGGAUCCGUUGAUCAAAGCCACCGCCCCGGCCGGUUACUUUGACAGCCAGCUGUACCUUUUCGAGACAAGCGGGAUCCUGGUCUCGUUGCUCAACAAUGCGCCCAACGACCAAGUGGUAUUGCUGAAAGCUAUCUCGGAACCACUGAGCGAGCAGAUGCGCCAGGCGGUGCAGGCGUUCCAGCGCAAUCCGACGGACCUCACCUCUGUGCUGCAAGUGCAUCACCUUAUGCUGGCGCUCAGCAGCCUUUCCAAAGGGUUCCCCGAUCUGAGCCCUACUAGCACCCAGCCCGAGCCACAGUGGGUGGGUGUGUUCAAGUCGAUCACCGAGCAGGUGUUGGUCAGCAUCGGCGCGAUGAAUUCCUUUUCUGUGGUGCGCGAAGCUGCACGCGGAGCAUUUGCACGCAUGGUGUCGACGUGCGGCAAAGCGGUGCUGCCGUAUAUCCCUGGUUUGAUUGAUGCGCUGUUGAGCGAGGUGACGUCGGCGGAAUUGGUGGAUUUCGUCAACUUCCUCUCGCUAGUGGUCAACAAGUACAAGGAUGAUGUGAGGAGCAUUGUGGAUCAGCUCUUGCUCAUUCUGGUGGAGAGAAUAUUUUUCUUCCUCAAUCAAGGCGUGACGGGAACGGAUGAUGCGGUGGAGAAGAGCGAGUUGCAAAAGGCGUAUAUGAACUUGUUGUCGUCGAUGGUACAGAGUGGUAUGGAGUCGGUGUUUGUUUCCGACAAGAAUGUAGGUCAAUUGGAGACGGUAUUGCAGAGUGUGGUUUUUUACUCGACGAAUUCUGAUGCGGCGUGUCAGAGGACGGCGUUUUCGAUUCUGCAUCGGUUGGUUGCUUCGUGGGCAGGAUCGAGUGCAGUGAAUGGUUCAACAGAAGCGACAUUGCCUGGAUUCGAGAGGUUCAUAUACGAACAUCUUGUGCCGCUCAUCUUUGAAGCGCCUGCCAAAGACACAUUUGACUUUAAGGACGCUCAAUCCCAAAUCGUCCUCACCGAAAUCUCGACGCUCGCCAAGACCAUCUUUCAAAAAAGAGGCGACGAAAUGAUCCAGUUUCUUCUGGAAGUCUACCUGCCAGGUAUCAAUUGCCCCCCUCAGCUCGCCCAGGACUUUACAACCAAUUUGACAACGUUGGAUUCCAAGGCUUUUAAGAAGUAUUUGGACGCUUUCAUCACGCGGUCAAGAGGAGGUUAG